AUGAGAACAGUAGCUACUAUUGUUUCGAUAUCACUUGUAUUACUAUUUGCUAUAUUAUCUAUACGGGAAGAUGGUAUUUUUAAAUUCCAUCCAUCCCUUAUGGCUGUUAGUUAUCUUGGCUUUAUGUUCCAAGCAAUAAAUAUAUUUUCAGUGGAUAAUACAUCUCGAUCGGCACCAAUAACGAAACGAAAACAAAUUCUCAUUCAUUCACUAUUUCAAGUUGGUUCUAUCAUUUGUUCAAUUAUUGCUUUUACAGCAAUCUAUCUUAGGAAAGAACAAGGCAACAAAUCACAUUUUACUAGCUGGCACGGCUUGAUCGGAUUCACUGUGUUUAUUUGGUCAUUAUUACAAUCGACUGGUGGUCUUCUUCUGACUAUUCUUCAACGAUAUAUUCGUUCGUUAGGAUUAACUCAUGCAAAACUUCGUAUUUAUCAUGCAACAUCAGGUGUACUUCUGUUUACUAUGUCUUGUUUCGUAAUAGUUCUUGGACUGGCUUCGAAUUGGUUUAAAACUAAAAUGCCAGAUGAAAAAAUCAUUUAUUCUGUAAUUUUUUAUUUACUUACUUCAAGUAUGCUUUUUCUUGCACACAAAUGUGUAGAACAAGUGAAAGCUCGCUAUGUCAAAAGAAAGAUUGCCAUGAAAUAA